AUGGAUGAGGAACUUCAUCAUCUAAGUUUUGCGGAUGAAAAGACCCGGCUUCAUUUCCUCAAAUGGCAGGACCUAUACAAAAGGGAGAAGCCUUUUCAAAUCUACAUUGACGUCCCGAAAGAUGCCGCCGACCAACGCCAACACAACCUCGUCUUCGAAGAAGGUGAGGUGACAGUUAUAAAGAAUGUUCGAGGCCACGAAGACGAUUAUUCUCUAGAUAAGAACGGUUUCUGCUACCUCCGUCACGGGACCGCGCUCGAAGCGUCUCGCUUUUAUGACCGGGACGCUGUCGAGGAAACCUACUUGCCAGAGUGCGAGGAGUUACUGAAGAGCUCGAUUGAAGGUGUGGAUCAAGUCUGCAUUUUCGACUGGAGGGUACGUCACCACCAUCCAUCCUCCCUGACCAUCGAACGUAGUCAAUCCGUUAACACUCUCCCGCACCCUCAGAUUCGGUGUAACGAUCUUCGUAAGUACGAAGGCACCAGGAUCGAUUUCAACAACCCGGUCCAACCUUUGGGGCCCGCGACACAUGCCCACAUUGACCAAUCGCCGGCGGCCGCGCUUCGACGCGUGCAGUUACACCUACCGGACGAAGCCGAUCGUUUGUUGCAGGGUCGUUUGAGGAUCAUCAAGUGA